AUGUCUCAGGCUGUGAAGGCCUCCGCUACGGCUGCCGUGAACCCAGGGCCUGAUGGGAAGGGGAAGGGCACCCCAGCCACAGGACCUGCCCCUGGCCCUGGCCCCGCCCUGGCCCCAGCCUCCGCGCCAACGACCAAAGCUGGGGACCUGCCUCUUGGCAGCUACAAGCUGGUGGUCUUCGAGCAGGAGAACUUCCAGGGCCGUCGUGUGGAAUUCUCUGGGGAGUGCUUGAACCUGGGAGACCGUGGCUUUGACCGAGUGCGCAGCCUCAUUGUCACGUCGGGACCCUGGGUCGCCUUUGAGCAGUCCAACUUCCGGGGAGAGAUGUUUGUCCUGGAGAAGGGCGAGUAUCCGCGCUGGGACACGUGGUCAAGCAGCUACCGCAGUGACAGGCUCAUGUCCUUCCGGCCUAUCAAGAUGGACUCCCAGGAGCACAAGAUCUGCCUGUUUGAAGGUGCCAACUUCAAGGGCAACACCAUGGAGAUCCAGGAGGACGACGUGCCCAGUCUCUGGGUCUACGGCUUCUGUGACCGGGUGGGCAGCGUGAAGGUCUCCAGUGGAACCUGGGUCGGCUAUCAAUAUCCCGGCUACCGUGGGUACCAGUACCUCCUGGAGCCCGGCGACUUCCGGCACUGGAACGAGUGGGGGGCCUUCCAGCCGCAGAUGCAGGCUGUGAGGCGCCUGCGCGACAGGCAGUGGCACCGUGAGGGCUGCUUCCCGGUCCUGGCCGCCGAGCCCCCCAAGUAA